AUGUCGAAUCAAUUUCCAUCCCUCAAGCGGGCCCAGACGGACCUUCCCUCACAGUCCACCAGUCCGUUACGAAACGGGUCGACAGCGUCCACCAACUCGUCUGCAUAUUCUGUCGCAUCAAGCUCGUUUAUUCCUAGCCGGACUAGCACUGUCUCCUCUAAUGGGUCGGUAUCAAACAAAUUGGGUCACUUUCGAGGGAAGAGUGAGGCAGGCAGUAUGAGCUCAGCAACGACUGUUACGGACGCAAUGGAACGAGGAAGUUGGUCCAAUGCAGGUACGACGUACGACAAUAUUCGCCGAUCUCUACGACCACUACAACAAGUCCCUAAUACUCCAUCCUCAACUGCAAAUACUGGCGGGUACCGACAUUCACGAAGCCACACAAUUGAUGAAUCACUCCCGCGGAAGGACUAUCGACCAAGUACCCCAGAAUCGCGUCAUCUUAAUCUCAAAGAGAAUCAGGCUCCGCGUCACCAAACACACAGUCACGAAUCUCAGAGCCCUCCAGCGCAUAUCUCUCCUCGUCACUGGUCUACUGUGCCCGAAACCUCGCAUCCUUCGUCUCCCCAAAAGACAGUCUCUCAUCCCCCACAGCUGACUGCUGCACUGUCCGCACCCGAGCUUGAAACCCUGCAGAAAUCAUCCACCGGCCAUCUCAGAACUCUCUCGAGGUUUGCAAAGUCCGGUGAAAACGAAUUUAGCGCAGCUGCAGCCUCCGUAGUAGGCUUGCAAGGCCGACGACGCCUCAAGCGAGCGGACUCGGUAGUAGGGAGAAAUGGCGCAGUAUCUCCCGAAAAGCCGAAGGCGUCCUCGUGGGCGGCCGGGAAUUGGAUGGACCAACAGCGACAAUUCAUCCAAGCAUACGAGUAUUUGUGCCAUAUCGGAGAAGCCAAACAGUGGAUCGAAGAUGUCAUUCAAAAGCAAAUCCCGCCAAUCGUCCAGCUGGAGGAAGGGCUGCGAGACGGCGUCACUUUGGCGGAGGUGGUACAAGCAAUGUAUGCCGGCAAAGCACUUCGCAUUUUCCGACACCCCAAGUUACAAUAUCGCCAUUCAGACAACAUAGCCUUGUUUUUCCGGUUCCUCGAUGAGGUUCAAUUGCCAGAGUUAUUUCGAUUUGAACUCAUCGACUUGUACGAAAAGAAAAACAUUCCCAAGGUCAUACACUGCAUCCACGCGUUGUCAUGGUUGCUCUUCAAAAAUGGCAUGCUGGACUUCCGAAUGGGUAACUUGGUUGGUCAGCUUGAGUUUGAACACCACGAACUCGAGAAAACCCAAAAAGGACUGGACAAGGCUGGCGUGAGCAUGCCCAGCUUUGCAGGUAUGGCUGAGAACUUUGGCGCGGAGCCUGAACCGGAACCCGUUGAAUCAGAGGAGGAUCGUAUUGAUCGAGAGAUACACGAAAAUGAAGCCUCGAUCUGCGAUUUCCAGGCUCAGGUUAGAGGAGCUAUGAUACGUUUACAGCUCGGCAACACGAUGAACGAUCUGUGGGACUUUGAGCCCCUUCUCAUUGAGCUACAGUCACGUCUGCGUGGAGAUUGGGCACGCCAAAUUAGUGAAUACCGGCUCAGCAUGCUCCAGUUUGCAGUGGGGCUGCAGGCUAUUAGCCGAGGCUUCAUUGUACGUCGCAGUCAGCAAGGCGACGAGCAAUGGCGAAAAGCCCAGGAAACAGAUGUUCUGCACUUCCAGAGCUUGAUUCGGGGAUCUAGGGCUCGCGCCCAGACUAGUCACCUACAAACUCGCGCACGACAAGAAGAGUUUGGCAUCAAGCAGAUACAGGCCGCGAUAAGAGGUACAUUGCAACGCAUGAAUCUUGGGGACCAAUACGAACAGUCUCGAUAUGCUGAAAAUGAUGUGAAAGCACUUCAAGCUUUGAUCCGCGGUACCUUACAACGAAAGGAGAUCAAUGCUCGUUCCCAAGAGCUAAAACAAGCUGGCAGUUCCGUCAAGUCAGUUCAAGCAGCUAUCCGUGGUGCCUUACAACGAAGAGAAAUAAAUGCCUUGUCCGAAGAGGCGAAGCAAGUUGGAAAGUCCAUCAAGCCGCUUCAAGCUGCUAUCCGUGGUACGUUGCAACGACGGCAGAUGAAUACCCUGUCCAAAGAGACGAAGCAGGUUGGCGGCUCGAUCGAGUCGCUUCAAGCUGCCAUUCGUGGCACGUUGCAACGACAACAGAUGAAUGCCUUGUCCCAAGAGGUGAAGCAAGUCGGCAGUUCUAUCAAGUCGCUUCAAGCUGCCAUCCGUGGUACAUUGCAACGAAGACAGAUGAACGCUCACUCCCAUGAGGUAAAACUGACAGAAGCACCCGUCAAAUCGCUUCAGGCUGUCAUUCGAGGAUCGAUCACCCGCAACAACUUGUCUCAGAUGAAGGUUCUGCUCAACAACGAAACGCCCCAAAUUGUCUGCAUUCAAUCAACUCUCAGGGCUCUGAUUGCCAGACAAGCACAAACUCUGCUGCUUCAGGCACUAGAGGAAACCGAAAAUGAGUGUACUGCACUGCAAGCUAUCGUGCGGGCCGCUGUCGUGAGGAAAAACACCUCAGCUAUUCGCAACGAGCUUGCGGAACAUCUAUUGCCAGUGGUCGACCUGCAAGCUAUUCUCAGGGGACAAGCUCUGAGAGAAUUAUUGGAUACCCAGAGGACCGAAUUGCUCGAAGAAGAACCUUCUAUCUUGGAACUACAGUCCCGAUGCCGUGGCGUCAUUCACAGACAGUAUCUACUCGCACAGCGGCAUGAACUGGGCCAGGAGGAACAUGCUAUUGUUGAACUUCAAGCCCUUGCGCGUGCUGCUGUCUCACGAAUGGAGGUUGGUGACAUAUUGUCUCACCUUGAGGACAACGAGGAAGAAGUUGUUCAACUCCAAUCUUUAACUCGGGCAAUGCUUGCGCGGGUUGAAGUUGGGGAGAUCUUGACCGAUCUUGAGGCAGAGGAGGACUUCGUCACGGACUUCCAAGCACGGAUCAGAGGUCACAUUAUCUGCAACCGCUUUGAGGAAAGACGUCAACAUUACAAUGAAAACAUGGAGAAGGUCAUCAAGGCCCAAAGUGUUAUCCGAGCCCGCAUUCAAGGGCAGGCUUAUAAAAGCCUGACAAGCGGAAAGAAUCCACCUGUUGGAACGGUCAAGGGCUUCGUGCAUCUUCUCAACGACAGCGAUUUCGACUUUGACGAAGAGAUAGAGUUCGAGCGCCUGCGAAAGGUGGUUGUUCAACAAGUGCGACAGAACGAGCUUGCUGAACAAUACAUCAGUCAACUCGAUAUCAAGAUUGCCCUCCUUGUCAAGAAUAAGAUCACUCUGGAUGAAGUCGUCAAGCACCAAAAGCACUUCGGUGGCCACAUUGGCAACUUGCUAUCCAACACCGAAAUUUCUUCCAAGGACCCCUACGAUCUCAAGGCCCUUAACAAGACCUCAAGGAGGAAGUUGGACCAGUAUCAGGUGUUUUUCUUCCUUCUCCAAACCCAAUCGCAGUACCUGGCUCGCUUGUUCCGGCGAUUGCGUGAGGUCAACACCUCGGACAAGGAAUAUGAGCGGAUCCGGCAUUUGAUGAUGGGUCUCUUUGGAUACUCCCAGAAACGGCGUGAGGAAUAUUAUCUCAUUAAACUCUUGGCACGAUCCGCCAAGGAGGACAUUGAAAGCUUCACAUCUCUUGCUGAAUAUUUGCGCUGCACCUCUUUCUGGAACAAGCUUUUCGCUUCAUAUGCCAAGUCAUCCCGCGAUCGGAAGUUCAUGCGCGACGUCUUGGGGGGUGUCGUGAAGGAGUCUGUUAUCGACAACCCAGACCUUGAUUUGGAGAGUGAUCCAAUUCAAAUCUACCGUUCCGCAAUCAACAACGAGGAGCUGCAAACCGGCCAACGAAGCCGCCGACACCCGGAUCUUCCCAGAGAAGAAGCGAUUAGAGACCCCGAAACCAGAGAAACGUUCAUUCAACAUUUGCAAGAUCUUCGUGACAUUGUCGAUCAAUUAUUCUCAGGCUUUGAAGACUUCCUAUACCGUAUGCCAUUCGGUAUCAGAUAUCUUGCACAGCAGAUGUAUCAGAAUCUACUAGAGAGAUUCUCUGCCGAGGAUCCAGGCUUAAUUCUCCAGGCGGUUGGCCACUGGGUAUGGAAAAGCUACUUCCAGCCUGCUGUGCUGGAGCCAGAGAAGUACGGUGUGAUCGAUCGGGGCCUCACCCAAGAACAAAAGCGAAAUCUUGGCGAAAUCUCUAAGGUCGUUGCUCAGAUUGCAUCCGGCAGACUAUUUGGGGCAGAUAAUGUUUAUCUUCAGCCGCUCAACAAGUACAUCGGAGAGUCAAUCCAGCGCCUAGGGAAUAUCUGGGGUCAGAUGAUCUCAGUCCAGGAUGCAGAGUCUUAUUUCGACAUUGAUGAAUUCAACGACCUCUAUGCUAAGGCCAAACCCACCCUGUACAUUAAGAUGUCUGACAUCUUCUCGAUUCACCAGCUUGUGGCCUCUGAGAUUAACUAUAUGUGCCCCCACCCUGAUGACUUCCUCAAGGAAGUUGUGCGAGAACUUGGCAAUGUCAAGAGUAACGAGAACGAAUUGAUGGGCGUCAGCUCUACCGAGAUCAAUCUCACAUUAAAUCCCAAGUUGGCCCAGCUUGAAGACCCCGAAGCCGAUGUGAAGACGCUCUUUAUGGAGACUAAGCGUUGCAUCCUUUACAUCAUCCGAGUCCAAACAGGUUCCAACCUUAUGGAUGUUAUGCUCAAGCCGCCGACAGCCGAAGACGAUGAGCGAUGGCACACUUUGGUUCGGGAAGAACUGAGCACGAACAACCCUCGCCGAGGCGCUUACUCGGAAGCCAACAGCUUAAUUGACAUUGGUACCAUGAGCUAUUCCGAGCUCAAGGGCAUUGCACUCGAAAAUAUUCUUCGUCUUGAACAGACUGGCAAGAUCAAUCGUCACAAUCAUUAUCAGGAUUUGUUGAAUGCAAUUGCCACUGAUAUCCGCACCAAGCACCGUCGGAGAAUUCAACGAGAGCGUGAACUCGAGGGUGCUCGGCUGACCUCCCAGAGGCUCAGCGGCCAAGCCGUCUACCUGGACCAGCAACUCAAGACAUACAACGACUACAUUGAGCAAGCCAUGAUCACGUUACAGAACAAGAAGGGAAAGAAGCGAUUCCUGAUGCCGUUCACCAAACAAUGGGAUCAUCAACGAGAGCUGCAAAAAUCCGGCAAGAUAUUCAAAUUUGGAUCCUACAAAUACUCUGCGCGCACCCUGGCGGACCGAGGUGUUCUGGUCGCCUGGAAGGGCUACGCCGAGCGGCAGUGGGAUCGGGUCGACUUGACCAUUUCAAGUAACGAAGUUGGUGUGUUCACCAUUGACGGGAGCAGCGGUGUCAUGAUGAUUCCUGGCGCCAACGCACAGGUACCGCUGGACGACUUGCUGCAGGCUCAGUUCAACAACACGCAAUUCAUGGACUUUUUUGAGGGACAGAUGCGAGUCAAUGUCAACCUUUUCUUGCAUUUGAUCAUGAAGAAGUUCUAUAACGAGUGA